AUGCUCGCCCAAGUCGCCUCUGUCCUUCUCGCCGCUGCCUCCGUGGCAACUGCUCAGUCUGUCGUUGGAACUGCCUAUGGAUUUGCAAGCGGUGUCACUGGCGGUGGUGCUGCUGCAGCCGCUACCCCUUCCUCUGCCGAGCAGCUCGCUGAGUGGCUCUCGGACGAUACCGAGAGAGUGAUUGUUAUUGACAAGGAGUACGACUUUACUGGAACUACUGCGACUGGCGCGGGAUGUGAUCGCAUCAGCUGCAGCUCCUCCAACGGUGGCCAGCUUUACCUCGGAGAUCUCUCUUGUGGAGGCUCAGAUAACACUGCUGUGAGCUCCAUCAGCUACGAUACCGCCGGUACCAGCGCUCUACCCGUUGGAAGCAACAAGAGCAUCAUCGGCACCAACGGCAAGGGUGUUCUCAAGGGCAAGGGCCUGUCGCUCCAGAAGGGUGCCAGUAACGUCAUCAUCCAGGGCAUUGAAUUCACCGACAUCAACCCCGGAAUUGUCUGGGGUGGCGAUGCUCUCGACCUUCAGGGUGGAAACGAUGGUGUCUGGGUCGACCACUGCAAGUUCUCUCUCGUUGGCCGCAUGUUUGUUGUUUCUCACUACGAUGGAUCCCGCCUCACGCUCUCCAACAACGAAUUUGACGGUGUCACCACUACUUCUGCUUCUUGCAACGGUAACCACUACUGGACUAUGAUGUUCAUUGGUGAGGGAGACCAGGUUACCUUGGACAAGAACUACUUCCACGAUGUCUCCGGACGUGCUCCCAAGCUUGGCGCUGAUGGCGUUACCUGCACGUUCCAGGCCACCAACAACUUGUUCAGCAACAUGAAAGGACACGCUUUUGACGGUUACAACGGUGCCACCGCCCUGAUCGAGGGUAACGCAUUCGAAUCUGUCAACACCCCCAUCACCGAGAGUGGCGCCUCCGUGUCGACUUUCUUCAACGUCCCCGACGAGUCGGCUGCCAGCUCCUGCGAGUCAUCUCUCGGCAGAGCUUGUGCUAUCAACAGUGUCGACUCGAGCAGCGGUGACUGGCCAUCUCUCUCUGGCUCUGGCGCCUUGUCUACCUGGUCCAACCUGAAGGAGUACCUUGUCGAGCCUGUUGCUGCUUCCGAGGUUUCUAGCCUUGUCAAGGGUGGAGCUGGCCCUGCUAACCUCGGAGCGGCCUCUAGCACCACUGACAAGACCGAGUCUGACGCAACCGAGCCAUCGACUGUUGAGAGUAGCCCCGCCGUGGAGGAGGUAGAGAAGACUGAGGACGCCCCUGCCGCUGCCGCCUCCUCUGAAGCCGCUGCGCCUGCUGAGACCGCUCCUGCUGAAGCCGCCCCCGUCGAGAGCGCCCCCGCUGAGACUGGCUCCGACUCUGGCAGCGAGGUUGCGCAAUGGGGACAGUGUGGCGGACUCCACUUCACUGGCCCUACCAAGUGCGCGCCUGGAACCUCAUGCGUCGCUCACAACGACUACUACUCGCAGUGCGUCAGCUCCGCCACCAGGCGUAUGAAGAGGGCUCUCCGUGCCAAGUACUAG